AUGUACUUCCUACUGAAAGACGGCAACAGACACAUCUCGGCGUUCUCCUUCUACCUCUUCAAGCUUCUCGGCCUGGCCCCGAUCGGCUGUCGAUUCGUGGUCGUCGACGGUCAUCGAUCCGUCGUUUUCUCCGACUGCAAACUCGGCACCUUCCACAAUCUUCUGCUCUGCGGCAUCGUCCUCGGCUCGGUCUCCUACAGACUCUACUACCUCGUCGGCGUUUACGCGACGAUAGCCGAGCCGGGCAUCCUCUUUCUGAUCUGCGACGCUGCCUACUCGUCGCUGGGCAUCGUCGUCGUGCUCCUGGCCAUGUGUCUGCGUCAAUCCAGCCUCUGCUCUCUGUGGUCGCUCGGCGCCAACAUACAGCGAUCUUUGCCCCAGAGACGCCGGAAAAACAGGCUGCACGCGCGAUACACCACGGUCGUGCUGAUGAUCGUCGCGCAGAUGUUCGGCGUCCUCGCACUCGCCUUGAACGUCGACAUACGAGGUCUGCCCUUCGCCGGCAAGAUCUGCUCCGUUUGCUACAUGAUCGCGUACUUCGUCGUCUGCACGCAGUACUCCAUGUUGGCUCGUCUGAUCGCCGAUGCGCUCGGUCAAACGAGUUCGGAUCUGAAGAUCCUGUUGGAGACGCGUCGACGGCCGCCCGAUUAUUUGGCGACGCUCGAGACUGCUCUGGGCGCGGCGCAGAAGCUGUACGAGUCACUGAUCGAGCUCGCCGAUCGGAUGGCCGAUUUUUACUCGUCGGUCAUGCUGCCCACCGUGGCGCGGUACUUGGUGUUUAUCGCGAGUCACUUUUACCUACUGUCGAAGAUGCUGCUGAACGAGGAUACCCGCAGGCCGGAGUUUCGCAUCUAUCUCGGCGGCUGUCUGUAUCUGUUCACGCCGAUUUUGAUGAUAUCGGUGCUGGCCACCGAGGCUAUUAGACAGAAUAAAAAAUACGUCAAGACUCUGACGGACAUCCUGCAUAAAUUCGACUAUCACGACUCGAUUCAAAAUCAAGUUGACGUGUGUCUCAGGUACACAUUUAGCAACCGAGUGAGUUUUCGAGUCUACGAUCUAUUCGUCAUCGACAACUCGCUUCUCUUAACGGUAAUCGGCACGAGCUGCACCUCCUGCAUAAUCCUGCUGCAGUUGCACACCCCACCUAAUGAAUAAUUUACAAAAAAAAAGAACAAAGAAACAUAUUCAUCUCACCUGCGCGUGUAUGUACUUGUGAUAGCGUCGACUGUUGAUCACGCAGAUGACCAGCAGAUUGGCCACGAGGAUGCCGAGGCUGAGCGCGAGUAUGACGGCGGCGCGCAGCAGCUCGAGCACGCCCGGCGACUGCCAGCGCGCCUCGAGGCCCCCGCCGCCCGCGCCCGACAGACUGCGCCAGCAGCUGCUGUUGCUGAGGGCCGGCGCCAGCAGUAGCUGCGGCCGCGGCUCUAUCAUCCUCCUGCGCCCGCUGCUGAGGCUUUUCUUCGACUAUUAUUGUGGUUGUUGUUGUUGUUGUUGUUGUUGUUGUUGUUGUUGUUGUUGUUGUUGUUGUUGUUGUUGUUGUUGUUAUUGCGGUGACGGUGGCGGUGGCCGUGGCUGAUCACGAUCGAUUCUGCGCUUCUUCUUCUGGUUGUUGGGUUUGAGGCUUGGCGCAUAAUUGGGUCGAGGGUGAAGUUUGCGGAAGCUAAUCGACUGUGCUAUGCUGCUGCUUUCAUUGGAGUACGUGAAGAUUCAUCUGUUGAGUUUGGUGCUUUGAUCUGCGAUCAUCUGUA